GUCUCUCUCCGCGGAGACCUUUUUAAAGCUUUUCUCUUUGUUUCUUUUUCACGAGCAUUGCCUGAGCAAAAGAGAAGGCUUGGUCAUACUCCGUUAAGAAAGUUCUAGGGUUCCGACUUUCACAGGGGAAAUAUUUAUUAGAGAUUAGAGUCCUUGGAAUCUCCAUUAAAGGCAUUUCCCCUGCUUUUCUUUCUUUCUUUUGUUUUAUUCUUUUUUCAUUUCUGUAGUUGAAAACCUGUCGGAAAUUGCCCCUGGUAAUCCACUUCUAGCGAGGCUCCGUUUCUGGGGUUCGGAACGGAAUCGCCAUUGCAGAGUAAAGGAAAUCGCGAAAUCUGAUUUGGUGGUUUGCUUUUUGGUUCUUUCUUACGGUUUUGGGUUCGAACAUGUGAUUCACAGGAUGGAGUGGGGGCAGGAAGAGUUCGCUUUGGAGGGGUUUUCUUUUCUAGGGUUUCAAUAGUCAGAGAUUGUAGUGAUGUUAAAUGAGGAGUUGGAAUUUAAUAGAGCUUUGGUCAGUUGCCUUUUGAGAAACUUACAUGUGAAGGAAUCGGUUUGAGUUUGACGGAAAUGGAGAUCUUUUUGAUGGAUUCUGGUGCGAAUUUAGUGAUUUGAUGGGUUUUAAAGUGGAGGUUUAUUGAAUUUGUCGUGGGAUUCAUUAAUGGAGGGCUGGUAAUGUUAAAACGGAAGUUUCUAUAUCCUCUUAUCGCGAUUUUUUUUUUUGGAAUGAAACAUGUGAACUGAAGUUCUUCCUUGAGAGGCUGAAGGAUGCUACAAUUUCGUGAGGUGUGAGAGCCUUUGGAGUUGCAGUCUGGUGAAUUUCUCAAUAUGGAUCCAACCGGUCAUUUAAAUUCUUUUAAGCGUAGAUAUUUGGAAACUUCGAAUUUGAAUGGUCACAAAUGGAUAGGGGUUGCCAUCGAUUCAGAUGAAAGAUACUGGUAUAUUACAUAUGAGUUUGCCUUAACUUAGCUUUGAAAUGGUUCGUGCCUGAAUUGCUUGAAAGUAGUUGAUUGUUUUGCCAAUGAGYUUGUAGCUUCUAAUGAUGGAGGAUAUAUGGCUUUUCAAACAAGGCUGGAAAUGGCUCCAAUCACAGAAGCAUUUAUACUCAGGUACACAUACUGCGGUGAGCUGCUUCAGAGACAAAAUUGUACUUUUGAUAGAUCGCCACUGGCCAGUGGUAUGCAGUGGUUCUGUAAAAUUUGGGAAGUUCCUCCUGAUUUUAUUGUUGCAGUGGAGGGACUGCAUAGUCCGUGGUUUUGGGUCAUUGGCAGGCUUGGGCACUGCAGCACUGCUGAUUAUAAUGUGGAGUUGCUUCCUCAGCUUGACAUCGAUGUCUUGCCUGCUGUAUGUAUUUCUGAGUCUGGUUGCUGCUGGAAUUGCUGUCCGAUGCCUGGGUUAUACACCUGGACUUUUUAUUGUUGGGCUGAUUGCCAUUUUAACUUUGUGGAUGUUUGGUAACUUAUGGAUAACAGGGAUAUUGUUUAUAAUUGCAGGUUAUUUGUUCUCCCUAAACCAUGCUCGGGUGGUGGUCUUCAUGGCAACUUUGUAUGCUUUUUAUUGUGUUAAAGUUCGUGUUGGAUGGCUUGGAGUUUUCCUUUCAAUAAAUCUUGCCUUCCUUUCAAAUGAUGUCUUCAAUUACUUGCUCAAAGGAUGUGACAAUGCUAGUGAUGGUGCAAAUUUUGAAGAGCAUAAAGAAUCAGAACCCAUCAUAGGAGAUGAUAACUUUUCAACAGAUUCUGAGCAUUCUGUGCCAACUGGAGAAGCUGAAGAUUUGCAUUCUUGCAAAUCAUCCAGUAAACAGUCUACUGCUUCGAGUUUUGUGAAUACAUGCAAAGAAUCUUCCACCAGCCGGGUGGCCAUGGUAGACACAAGUUCAGUGGAUGAGAUGAAGAGAAUUCUGAAUAGCACGGAUCACUAUGAAGCAUUGGGCUUUCCUCGUCACAAGAGCAUUGAUGCUUUAUUAUUGAAAAAGGAGUACCGUAGAAAGGCCAUGCUUGUGCAUCCUGAUAAAAAUAUGGGAAGUCCAUUAGCAAGUGAGUCAUUCAAAAAACUUCAGUGCGCAUAUGAGGUUCUUUCAGAUUAUACAAAGAAGAAAGAUUAUGAUGAGCAAUUAAGGAAGGAAGAAUCUAGAGUCGUUUGUCAGAAGUCAUAUGAUACUUCACAACAGGAUGGUAUGGAUUAUCGAUCUGAAGAGUCGAGGCGGAUACAGUGCACAAAGUGUGGCAAUUCACAUAUAUGGAUAUGUACCAAUAGAACCAAGUCCAAGGCAAGGUGGUGUCAGGACUGCUGUCAAUAUCAUCUAGCUAAGGACGGAGAUGGAUGGGUUGAAUAUGGUUGCUCAAUAGCCUCUGCAAGGCCUCAGAAGGUGGAAAUACCUCGUGCCUUUGUAUGUGCCGAGAGCAAGAUCUUUGAUGUGUCUGAAUGGGCCAUAUGUCAGGGAAUGACUUGUAGGCCCAAUACACAUCGACCAAGCUUCCAUGUAAAUAUGGUUGGUUUAGAGAAGGCUGCACAGAGGUCAAAUCCAGGUAGAUUCCCAUGGGAUUUGGAUGCUCAGAUGAUGGAGGAAGAGGAUGAAGAGUUCGAGUUGUGGCUUCAGCAUGCCUUGGCCUCUGGCCUAUUCUCAGAGACUUCCAAGCACAGAAAAAGCUGGAGCCCUUUUAAAUUAAAUACAAAGAAAGGGAAGAAGCAAUGGCGGAGAUCACCAUGAAAGGUGUCAGAAAAGAUCUGAGUUCCUAAAUCUGAUUGGCUGAAUGGGCCUUCUAUCUCGUCUUUCGGAAGGGAAGAUGGGUGCUUAGUUUUGGAAGGAUAGGAUUGGGAUUUUGGGGGACAAAGUCAAUGAAUAAUGGGAUCCUAUACGUACAAAUAUAUUCAGGUGUUUGUUGUAGCAUCAUUUCUGUUGCAAAGUUAAAUCAUGAAGAGUACUCAGACGGAGCUCUGGGCGUCUGGCAUGUUGUAAUUCUUCCACGAUAAAAAUUUGAGAGGGGAACAGUAAUGAAAUCGAGCUCGUCCUUGUAAAUUUGAUCCAGCUAACAUCAUUUGUAUCACUUUUCCUUGUAAAAAACAGUUUCAUGUGCAAUAUGAUUACAAAUGACUGAAAUGAGAGCCGUUCACAUCC